AACCAAUCCGCUCUAAAACGGAACCCAACGAAACCUCACCUUGGUUCCUGUCCGCGCCACAAGACCUUCAAUCACUUUAUAAAACCACUUUGACACCCUCCACUGUGUUCGUUCAUUACUAUUAUUCUCCUACCCGUCCUCUUCUGCGGUAUGGAUAGUGCAGGUAUGCCGUGGGAUCGACGACAAUCUUCUUCAGGCAGUGUGCCUACAACAACUUUACCUUCGCUGGCCAACAUCACCAAUGGCCCUACGGUCAGCAAACCUAAUUCAGUGCACGGUCACUCUCCUCCGUUAAACCAACAGUCUGGUGAUUUGAGAGAUUCGGGGAACUGGUCUAUGAAUUCUGCGCGAGCGAGCAAUAGUAAGUAUCUCUUACCAUCCUUUUUCUCGGGUUUUUUCUCGAGUUUUUCUUCUUUCUCUCUUGGAGCUCGUUUUGUCUAUCGAUGCGGUCAACCCUCUCCUAUCGCGGGGCUAAGGUGGUUCGUGCGCGACUGGAACAUAAUCAACACGGGUCGACACGCCAACACGCACAAGACACGAGCAACCCUCCCUUUAGCUACAAUCACUCUCCAACGAGCAGCACAUUUGCUGCCUCGACUACUAGCCUUCACACCACUCCGCCCGCAGGUGUAUACCAGGCAACCGACGUAUUACCAGCUCCGUCACCGUCAGCUUCUCGUCGAAGCAGCUUUGACAGUCGCCUGGGAAAUUUGAAUUUGUCGUCACCCGUUAACGGAACACCAGCUGUAAGCCAGGUCAGUCUCGCGAGCACACUGCAGCGUGAGAGGGGAAUACACAGCAAUUCGCCUGCAUCGCACCGUGCGGAAAAUGGCGACACCAAUGGUUCUUCAACCAGUGGUCCGUAUGGUGGGAUUGCUCGUAGGUAUACUUCGACCACGGAUUCCAGCAAUGGAUACACCCCAUCACACAAGUCGAACGGUCCGACAAGGGUAGCGCCUCCGAUUAUUGGGGCACCAAGGUUUCCGUAUAUCAAUGGACCCCACCCUCACCCUAAUGCGCCAUCUCCGACUAAGGGUUACCCAUAUGCAUUUCCCGACCCAGAUUUUGCCGGCCCCCCUUCGAGGAGCAGCCGAGACGGGAUACCCGGAAGGAACAGCACCAGCAGCCUGGUUGGGUCUACGGCAAGCAGCAUAUACAGUACUAAUUCUGGGUUGUUACAUCCUAAUCUUGCUGACAAUGGGAAUGGUAACUUUUCGGGAGGUCAGCAUGCCCAAGCCGCAAACGGGAACCAGCACCACCACCACCACCUGCAGACCAGGAAACCAAGUGCUGGAGCUAGCGGGGAUUCGGCAUCUCCUCCGGUCACCCCUUACUCUCGGACACCGGAGUUACGAGUAAGCCACAAGCUUGCAGAGAGGAAGCGGAGGAAGGAGAUGAAGGAUUUGUUUGACGAGCUGAGGGAUCAGUUGCCUGCCGAGAGGGGCGGGAAGAGUAGCAAAUGGGAGGUCUUGACCAAAGGUAGGUUACAAUUCUUGGCUAUUCAUGCUACUAUUCGAGGAUGCUCACGGGUUUAG